AGGCCAAGCUGGCUAUGCGGCCGCUAAUUUACCGCAAUAAGGCUACUGCGAUCCACGCGUCGUCUUGCGCGAGAGCGAUAUUGUCAUCAUCACGCUGGCCUACUCGGACGUGUGUGUAUACUGUGUAGUUCUUUUUAUUUUGAUCAUAAAAAUAGAUAUAGUUUUUGUUUUCAUCGCAUGGGAAAACGACGCGCUUUGAUCUUGUGUUGUGGGUGAUCGCGAGUGAUAAUUGCUAGCCAGUUGACGUGGUACCUAGGUAAUGUGCCAGAUGGAUCGUCAGCGAGAAUUGUUAGAACACACAAAAUGACACGAAACAGAAGGAAUAAUAAGACACAGCGACAACGGUAAUCCGAUGAUCUUCUUGAUCUGCGAGGAGGAGAUUUGAGAGCGGCACGUGUGUGCUCGCGAUCGUUUGCAGACGUUGAAGAAGAGGUUACACAGAGUGGAAGAAAAUGGUGAUCAGUGCUCCCGGCAAGAUGUUUCUGGUGACCUGCCUGCUGUUCGCGAUGUGCGUGGCGCUGUUCUUUACGGUGGUGACGAUGAAGAAGAACGAACGGCUGCUCCAGUGGGAGAAUUUCAUGCGACGAGGCCAGUCCAGGCUGACCGAUUCCGGAACCACAAACCAUUGGUAUUUUGUGGUCAGAGACCUGGACAAAAUCAAAGCCAUAUCGGAGGUGCGCAACAUCGAACGGGCAUCGCACCUGGAACCGACCGCCACCGGUUUCGUAGUGCAAGGCAUAGACUACGAAAUCGUGUUCGACCGUCUUGCGGUGCCGGAGAGCGAACCGGAGGACUAUGCCCUGGCCCUGGUCAAGCGGAGGCUGUACCGCUGGGAUGCCAAACCGCGAAACUACGACGACAAGGGUUGAUUGGAUUUGGCUGCGAAGGUGUUUCGAGUGGGAGGUGGGAAGAGGUUACCAGAAAAUGACAUUUGAACCAGUAUGCGGUAUUGGUACAACAAAAUCGGGUUUUCUUACAAAAUUAGUCUAGAUGCUUUCUUUUGUACGUCCAUCAGCAGAUCAAAACACAAAGAAAAUCAUACAUUUUUAAAUUUUUAUCUUUUACUUCUCUUGAUUAAGACGUAAUAUAAAAAUAUCCAAUUUUGUGACUUUUUUACGGUAUUUUAUUUUUUAUUUUAAUCAACUAAUGAUAUGGCUAAAAUAGAUGGAAGUGCAUUUGAAUUAAUAAAGAAGUUACAUGCAAUCAUAACUAUUUUGUAAGGAAAAUCGAUUCUGUUGCAAGUUCAUUGACCAAUACAGUAACAGAACAUAGCUCCUAAUAGUUAAUAGUCAGACAUUUGUGAUCGUUUUUUUUUUAAUGAGGUGAUAAAUAAGCUACCUUUUACUUAACACUUUACGUGAAAUGGAGUGACGACUUCCCUGUGAAUUAUACUUUAGAAUAGAAUAAAGCUGAUAUCAGUGGUA